AUGCAAGACCGCUGUGCGUUUCCUGAUGUGCAUAGUUUGGUUGGACUGUCGCCCGCGGGACUUGUCUGCUCUCUCAAGCAGACUGCUGUUGGCCCAGGCAAAGCGUGUAUGAGCUUGACGUUUGACAAGAGCCGGCCGCUGCAAGCUGUUUUGGGGAGAAGCGGUGCAAGAAAAUCUACCUGCUCCGUGCAGGUUCUCUGUGGCCUUUGCGCACACAUUCGAGGGGCUUUAGCAGACGAGCAGCGUGUGGUCCGUAUGUUGGUGCCGUGUUGCUGGGCCCAUGUUGCUUUUGCCGAUGCACCAGGGGUUGUGCGCAGGUGUGUGUCCCACAUUCAGCACCCCUCGAAUCGUCCCUGGCUGGCGCAGACCCAGGUUUGUACAACUGUUGGUGUGGCUUGA